AUGGACCUUGUCGUCCAGCUGGACUGGGGUUUCGACGCUGGAUCUUCGUCCAUUGUCCCUGUGCCCUUCUUCGAUUGUCACCUCAGACCUCAGAGGCGCGACGACCAGUCCAGACCGCCACUGCCAGUCGCUGCAAGCAGGACCGUCACCACCACCACGGUAGAGCUGAUCUACUUUAGUGUCGCUGUACUACAGCAGCAGCUAGACUCGACAGCCGAGGAGGGGGCGGACAAGCACAACGCCAACGUCCACGCGACCAGCAGCAGACCAGAUGAAAGAGUGACCGUGUCUUGGUCCUUAGAUUCCACGACUCCUAGCGACGACGAUGGACCUACUCCGUAG